CUUCUUCAAAGCUCUCAUACAAUACACCAAAACUCACAGUACCCGCCUUCUUAUCCCAAAACCCAAAACCCCAGACCCCAAACCCAGAACUGCCAGUGUCUCUGCUCUCUCUCUCUCUCUCUCUCUCUCUCUCUCUGUGCAGCAGCAACAACACCAACUAUACCACAACUCCUCACCAUGACUUCACUUUCGCUUUCAACCAAAUUUUCUCUCUAUCCAAACAGCACAUUUCUCCAAUUUCAGUUCCCAAACAGAACUCAAAGAAUCAGCUUCCCCAAGAAAACACAAAUAGCGUGCUCGGCCACAGAGCAACCAAAAGGACAGCAAAAGCGGCCAAAGAAGAAAAAAAGCGUUACGGACAGCGAGAAAGGGAUUGACCCAGUUGGCUUCCUGACCAAAUUCGGCAUUUCCCAUAAACAAUUUUCUCAGUUCCUCCGUGAAAGACACAAAUCCUUGAAGGACCUCACGGAUGAAAUUUUCAAUCGUCACAUUGAUCUCCGAGAUAUGGCUUCAGGAUUUGAGAUAUUGGGUAUUCAUCGACACCCGGAACAUAGAGAGGAUUAUAUGGAGUGGGCCCCAGGUGCUCGCUACUGUGCACUGGUUGGUGAUUUCAAUGGGUGGUCUCCUACAGAGAACUGUGCAAGAGAGGGUCAUUUUGGCCAUGAUGACUAUGGAUACUGGUUCAUCAUUCUUGAAGAUAAGUUGAGGGACGGAGAAAAACCAGAUGAACUCUACUUUCAACAGUAUAACUACAUUGAUGACUAUGAUAAAGGUGACAGUGGUGUUCCCAUUGAAGAAAUAUUUAAGAAAGCAAAUGAUGAAUAUUGGGAACCUGGAGAAGACCGGUUUAUCAAGAACCGUUAUGAAAUUCCAGCAAAGUUAUAUGAGCAGAUUUUUGGGCCUAAUGGUCCUCAAACAUUGGAGGAACUUGAAGAAAUACCGGACGCAGAAACAAGAUAUAAAGCAUGGAAAGAACAGCAUAAAGAUGACUUACCUAGUAAUGCACCUUGCUAUGAUGUGAUUGACAAUGGAAAAGAGUAUGACAUUUUCAAUGUUGUGCUUGAUCCUGUAUCACAAGAGAAAUUUCGUGCAAAGAAGCCUCCCUUGGCAUAUUGGUUGGAGACACGCAAAGGAAGGCAGGCAUGGUUGAAAAAGUACAGUCCUUGCAUUCCUCAUGGGAGCAAGUACAGGGUCUAUUUUAACACUCCUAGUGGGCCAUUGGAACGAGUACCUGCUUGGGCUACUUAUGUGCAACCAGAUGCAGAAGGAGAGCAAGCUUUUGCUAUCCACUGGGAUCCGCCGCCAGAAUAUGCAUACAAAUGGAAAAAUUCACGCCCGAAAGUGCCAAAAUCUCUGCGUAUUUAUGAAUGCCAUGUUGGCAUAAGUGGAUCAGAGCCAAAAAUAUCUUCUUUCAGUGAUUUCAUAGAGAAGGUCCUUCCUCAUGUAAAGGAGGCUGGAUAUAAUACAAUCCAACUGAUUGGAGUUAUUGAACACAAAGAUUAUUUCACUGUUGGUUAUAGAGCCACUAAUUUAUAUGCUGUUAGCAGCCGAUAUGGCACUCCUGAUGAUUUCAAGCAGUUGGUUGAUGAAGCACAUGGACUAGGACUGCUGGUCUUCUUAGACAUUGUCCAUUCCUACUCAGCUGCAGAUGAGAUGGUUGGAUUGUCACUAUUUGAUGGAACAAAUGACUGCUACUUCCACACAGGUAAACGGGGACAUCACAAGUAUUGGGGUACCAGAAUGUUUAAAUAUGGUGAUCUGGAUGUCCUGCAUUUCCUGCUCUCAAAUUUGAACUGGUGGCCCACAGAGUACCAAAUUGAUGGUUUUCAUUUCCAUUCACUCUCAUCAAUGAUGUAUACGCACAAUGGUUUUGCUUCUUUUACUGGUGACUUGGAGGAGUACUGCAAUCAAUAUGUUGAUAAGGACGCACUAUUAUACCUCAUUUUGGCAAACGAGAUACUUCAUGCUUUGCAUCCAGAUAUAAUAACAAUUGCCGAAGAUGCAACUUUCUAUCCUGGGCUGUGUGAACCAACCUCUCAAGGCGGGUUGGGAUUUGAUUAUUGUGUCAAUCUUUCUGUGUCAGAGAUGUGGUCAUCUUUUCUUGAGACUGUUCCAGACCAUGAUUGGAGCAUGAGGAAGAUUGUCAGCACAUUAAUGGGCAACAGAAAGUUUGCAGAUAAAACACUUGUGUAUGCCGAAAAUCAUAACCAGUCGAUAUCUGGAGGGCGGUCAUUUGCGGAGAUAUUGUUUGGUGAAAUCAGGGAUGGUUCCCAUGACACGGAGAAAUUACUGCUGAGAGGUUGUUCCUUACACAAGAUGAUCAGGUUAAUUACUUUGACAAUUGGUGGCCCUGCCUAUCUCAACUUCAUGGGCAAUGAAUUUGGACAUCCAGAGAGGGUUGAGUUCCCAAUGCCAAGCAACAAUUUCUCAUUUUCACUUGCCAAGCGUAGGUGGGAUCUUCUUGCAAAGGAAGGAUUGCAUCGCAACUUGUUUAUUUUUGACCAGGACUUGAUGAAUUUGGAUGAAAAUGAAAGAGUACUUACAAGAGUUUUACCCAGCAUUCAUCAUGUGAAUGACGAUAACAUGGUAAUAGCUUACCUAAGAGGCCCCCUUCUCUUCAUAUUUAACUUUCAUCCAACAGAUUCUUAUGACGGAUACAGAAUAGGUGUAGAAGAGGCUGGAGAGUAUCAACUUGUACUCAAUACGGAUGAAAUAAAGUAUGGAGGUCAGGGACUUAUAAAGGAUGACCAGUAUUUGAGGAAAACUAUUAGCAAAAGAGGCGAUGGCCUCCGAAACUGCUUAGAAGUGCCUAUGCCCAGUAGGACUGCCCAGGUUUACAAAUUAAGUAGAAUUUUGAGAAUAUAAAAAAUAUUGCACUCAGAGAGUAACUUGUAAGCCGAUAUUCAAGCACGAAGGCUAACACUUACUACAUACCACUCAUCAAGUUAUAAAGUUUAUAUGGUUGCUCAUCACUUCUGUGAGUGGUCUGUGAGUGGCGUUGAUGGGAAAUCUCAUAUUUUAACAAGAAGAUUAAGCGUUCAAGAAGAAAGGUAGUUUGUUCGUCUAUUCUUUGCACUACCAUGGUUCUUUGUUUUGGAGGCUUUGGCAUGUUGAUCUCAUUUCUUCCAAGUGAACUCAAGGAAGUGUAUGUUAUGAUGCAGCAAGAGGGUUCAAGCAGAAUAUUUGGAUGGGGGGAAUUGUGAGAUGACACUUCGAUUCCCAACUGUUUCUCUCACCCUCCCUCCUUAGAGGAGAAUGUAUAAAUUAGGCAGGAGAAUGUAUUUAUAAUUUCCCCCCUUUUUUGUAUGAAGUUUGAGACUCAAGGGAACGUGUUGUCAACCACAUACAAGAAAUAACAAUUAUAUUCUUAUUUCAUCAA